ACCUGUCACCUGGACUCUGCUCCUGCUGUUCCAUUGGUCGAUUUUGACAAUAGACAAAAAUAACUAUUAGCAGUAAUUGGUGAUUUUGUGUGUGUAGCUUAAGUGAUAUAAAUAUAAAAAUAGUUAAUAAUGAUGUCAUGAUUAUAAUGUGUACGUUGAGUCAAAUCGUGUGAUAUAUUCGCUUUAGUGGGAUAGCAAUGCAACUAAAGCAACAAACAUACUGCACACAGAAAUCUUGCUAAUAAAAUAUAUGAAGGAUGGAGAUCAGCUGGCAAAUUUUACUUGUGACAGUGGGAACAAUGGGUGUCGGACUUCCUUGUGCAUUCUCUCUGGCUGCUCACUGGAUUUAUGGCUGGCCAAAUAAGCCCGGCUACACCAGAUAUCUUGAAGCAUUUAAACCAAGGCGAAUUUACUGCUUAACUGCAGCUGGCCUUGAAAUCUUGAGAUACCUGUAGUACAGCAAGCUAUAUCUGCAGUUGAAAUAUUGGUACAAAAAUGUAGAUAAUUCUAAAUAUUGUGAAAAGGAUAUCCCAUUUGGCCGUCAUGGUAAUAAACUGGACUUGUAUUACCCAUCAAGAGUGGAGGAACUGGCGCUUACUCCUGCUCUUGUUUUUGUGUAUGGUGGUGCCUGGGGCUCUGGACAAAAAUCUACUUAUUGCCUUCUAGCAAUACAAAUGGCAAAGCAGCUUAACAAAAUAGUUAUAUGCCCAGAUUAUUCAACUUAUCCAAAGGGUACAGUAAUGGAGAUGGUACAAGAUGUUUUAGACUGUGUCUUAUGGAUCAAAGAAAAUGCAUGUGCGUUUAAUAUUCAUAAGGAAAACAUUGUUUUAAUGGGUCAUUCUGCAGGCGCCCAUUUGUGUGCACUCAGUGUACUGCUUCUGGCUGAAGAAAGCAGUGAGCUCAAUAUUGAUCAUGUCAAACAAAGGGAUCUUUUAUCAAGUAUUAAAGCAGUUGUAGGUUUAAGUGGUGUGUAUCAUAUCUUGGAUCAUUAUUUACAUGAAACUUGGAGAGGGAUAGAAUAUCUUUCCACAAUGUGCAAAGCAAUGAAGGACCCGGAUUAUUUUGACCAUUAUUCACCAACACUGCUAAUAAGUUCAUUAAGAGCAGAAAAACUUACAAGGUUGCCAGCUUUUGUUUUACUACAUGGAACAAAGGACAAUGUUGUGCCUGUGAAAUCCACCCUAAAAUUCUCUGAGGCGCUGACUUUGGCUGCAGUAAAAGUUGCACUGUAUAUUUUACCAAACAUCAGUCAUACAGAAAUUGUCACAGACCUCAUGGCUGAAAACAGAAGAUACUACUUGGCAAUUUUUGGUUGCAUAAAACAGGAAGUGAAUUUGCUGACUACAUCCUACUGAUUUAGAGAGAACAGUUUACAAAAUUACAUUUUUUUACUAGAAACAUUGUUUUAAUGCGUUUUUUUUUUUUUUUUAAAUAUACACUUAAUUUUUGGGAUGUUCACCGAGUUCACCAUUCUGCAAAAGAACAAUGUCCUAGCCAGUCACUUUGGAGACAAGUUCAUGGUUCUUUAUACAUCUGCUUUGUGUACCCCUUUUACAGCCUGUUCACAUUUUCUUUUCUAAUUAAUGGUUCUGGUCCAGUUAAAGUUUUCUAAGGCAAAUAUGAUAAUUAAAGCCAAAUUUCUGAUCAGUAAAUUUGAGAUGAAUUCACUAACCAAAAAAAUAAUACCUUUGGAUUUGUGUAUGCUAUGUGCCAUUUAAUUUCUACCAUGUUACAAAAUUUAGCUCAACCUCUCAUUAAUGUCCUGUGUGUACCACCAUUAAAUGUUCCUUGCCGAUAUCCUAAUGGCCUGGCCCAUUAUUAUCUUACAUUAUCAACUGGCAUGAAAUUUAAAGCUCAAAAGUUGCUGAUUCAGUUCCUGCCUUUGACUCUCUGCAUGACCCUCAGCAAGUUACUUAAACCCCCUGUUGCUUGGAUUGCAAAAACAUUUAUAUAAACAAUUAUAAUGUCAUAAGAUGUUGUAAGCCUGGAAUAAAGAAUUCCAAUAAUAAUGUUUUCUCAUCUCUCGCUGUUUCAUAGGGUCUUUAAAAUUUUGUGAAGCAAUAGUGGUUCCAUGGUAAGCAGCAUAAGGCUCCAUAAAUUUUGUUGGUCGAAGGAGCCGGUGCAAGUAAAUAAAAGGGAGCAGGCUUGUAGGAGAGAAGGCAGGCAGCUGAGAAGGAGAGCCCCUUGAGCGGCGUGAGGUCUGACACCCAGGAGGCUGAAGGAGUGAUCGCUCUGGUUGAGCAUCUUGGGGAACCAGAGCGAUACACACUAAAAGUAGCAACUUGCCAAGGAAGACUGGGAAGGCAGCAGGACUCAAGGAGGCUUGGGAGGAGAGCUUCAACGUGAGUGCCAUGGCCGUUGGGUUCCUACAGCUAGGUCUGGAGAGGGAGACAGGCUGUAGCAAUGGGACGGCAGGGACCCAGACCUGCAUGCGUCAGUAGGGCGACUCUUCAGGUGCAAGGCCAGUAUGGGAUAAGGAGAGGAGCUGCCAGUGAGGAGGAAGGCACUGGGUUUUUUUUAGUAAUGAGACUUUCUUGUCAGUUGAUUUUAACCUUGUU